UUUCAUUCUUUUGAUAUGAUUCAUAUCAAUGAAUGAUGUUGAUAUUAACUUUUUAGAAAAAUUACAUAAAUCAUACAAUUCUGCUGAAUCUAAACAGAAAUCUGAUUAUCUCUCAAAUUCCUAUUUUUCAACAUCAAUUUUUAAACACUUUGAUUACUGCCCAAAUUAUCUACUUAUCGUAUCACCAAAUAAAUUUUUUAAGGGGUGUUUAAACUCUCCGGCACUCUUUACUCUUGUAAAUCAGCAGUUUACUUCACAUAAUUUGGGCAUAACGUUAAAAUAUAAACUACUUGUUACCAUAAAAUGUGAGUAUAUUGAUACUAGUGGCACUCUAUCAUGUUAUUAUUUCAAUGUGUCACUUGAUACACCUAACUCCACCUUCCAUUAUGUCAACCAUUUAUCAGUAAACCUUAAUGGAUCUGUUUUACUCCUUUACUCUGACACAUAUUGUUUCAUAGCUAACACUCCUUAUGAAUUAUCUGAAUAUAACGUUGUUAAUGAUGGUAAUUCUAGAAAGGUUUACUUUAAAAAUGUUAUACAGGGUCAACAGAUACUUUACCAACAAUCUGUUUCUGAUUCUCUCCUAAAAGUAGUUAAAGCUAUUUGGAACCCUUUACAUUCAAACAGUUUUGUAAUCGCAACAAAUGAAUUAGUAUCCGAAGAUGCUGAAAAUAGUGACGAAAAUGAUGCUGAAAGUGAUACAGAAAAUAAUAGUAGUGAACCUAAAGAAAGAAAGUUUUACUCUUUUUUAAGAGUUUUUAACCUGGAUCACAGUAUUGAUAGGCCUGAAUAUAAUAUUAAGGUUUCUGAACAAAUGUGCAGACUCGGAUAUGAUGGCGAAACUGAUAUAUCAGAGAAGUUUCAAACUAAAUUUGGAGUUUUUGUAGACUUAUUUUGGAACUGUAAUGACACUUCAACUUUUGGAUCGUAUACUAUAUUUGUUCUCUCAAACUACGGGUAUGUGUUCUGUUACUGUCCCAUUUCAAUAAACCAGAUUUGCGAUAUGACUAAAAACAUACCAAUUGUAAGAAAAACACUUAAACUUAUCGAGGAGGGAUUUACAUAUAAAUUUGAUAAUUUAACAAACUCCAUCUCAGAUGACGGUGAUUCUUCAAAUUUUGAGAAGAAUUUUGAACUUGUUAGAAAAAUUAAUGACUCUCUGUUCUCAAACAUUUCUGAUUUAACAUUUUAUCCAAUUAUUAUAAGAUUGGUAUCAACUGAAUAUAUACCUGAUUGCAAAUUCGCAUACUCAUAUCCUACAUACCAGUCACUAUUAGUCCUUUCCACUGACCCGUUUGUAAUUUUAGCAUCGCAUUCAAAUUCAAAGCUGUUGGUAUUUGAGCCAAACAUCCAACUUCAUCCCUCAAAUUCAAUUUUCUAUAAUAAAAACACUCUAUUCAAUGUAAAUAACUGUAAAGUAUCACACUCACUGAGUUUCGACUCUGAAGACCCCUUUUACUUUCAAUACAUUUCAAAGUCUGAUUUCAUAUAUUACUCUAGAAAAGAGUCCUAUCACAUCAAUUUUACAGAUAAACUUAGUUUUAAGACUUUUAUACAUACAAUCAAUGCCGAUCAAAAUGUGUCAUUUUCACCACCGGUUCUUGUUAAAUCCACCGUAGACGAUUUUGAGCUUCUUGAAACAAACAACCCAUUUCACAUCAUUGUCGCACAUAAAUACUGUUGUGAUGAGUCUUCAAACUCUCCAGUAUUUGACUUAUUUCUCGUUUACAAACUAUGUCAGUUUUCUAAACCCAAUGGGCCAACUAAGUUGAAAGAAACAUCACUUUGCUCAUUAUCACUUGGUUCUGCCAGUAAAACUCCUCUAACUAUUGUAAAACCAAACACGGAUUUAUUUGAUAAAAUCAGGAACACUAGGAAUAUGGUUAACAGGUACAAGUCAAUAUUUGAGUCUUUGAGAAGGUCUAACGAAUCCACAGACUUAAACGAGAAGGCAAUUGAUAUCAUGAAGAACAUUUCAAGGCUUCAUUCGGAGGUUGUUGCAAAUCUAGAUUCAGCUCACAUUUACGAACAAGCAGUUGAGGAGUAUGUAAAGAGGAACGAACAGGCCUCGUUGCUUAUAGAGAAUCACUUCAGGGAAACCAUAGAACUCUAUCACACAAUCUUCAAUGAUGUUAAUGACAGAAUAGAGAAUAUAAUCAAGACUAGAGAGUACAUAGCAACCAGAAGGGCGGAGUUGAAAAAGAUGCUUGAUUUGUAUGAUAGCGUCAAGGGCAUGGACAACUCUCUGGACUACUUCUCAAACAUGAUUACUGAGCUUUACCUUAGGUUCUCAAGGAUAAUUCUCACUAAACUUGACGAAAAUUUGGCUAAAUCUGAUUACUCAUCAACUUUUGAGAUGAAGAAGCAGUUCAUGAUAGACGAGUGGUUCCGAAACACCUUCAAGGAGAACGUUGACCUCAUGCACCGUAUAUUUAACAGAAUCAAGACUAUUAGAGCCGUGAUUGAUUCAAUAAAUUAGAUUUUUAAAACACAACUAUUAACUCUAUACUA